CUCUCCCUCCCCCGCUGUACCUCUCUCGUCGCCGCCGCUCCCGCAAGUCCUCAACCACGUCCCCCCUCUCCUGCAGUCCCCAUUCAGGCUGGAAGCUCAACUUUAUCGAAAGAAAAAAAACUAACACGCCCAUGAUCAACAAAGAAGAACUUUAAGGGGAUACCAUUGUUCUUUCGCUGGAGCUUUUCUACUUCUACUCUUGAGGUUGGGCUAUCUCUGCAUGUGUAACUCCAAACAAAUCAGCCGAAAAGUCAACUACAGAACCAAAAUUUCGGGAAAUUAGCAUCAACAAGAAGCGACGGCCGAGGAGUCCAAGAAGAAGAGGGCGAAGAGCACCACAAAAACCCAUUUCUAUCCUCCAUCACCACCAAGCCCUCUUCAUCCAAACUCCAAUUCAGGAAGGAGGUCUCGGUAGCUCGAUGGGACGAGGUUAUGGGGAUGGGAGAGAUUCUCGAGAAGAAGGGAAGCUUGUGGACGACUACCGGGAUCACAAGAAAUGGCAAGCUUUAUUGCCACAUUGAAGAGAUCUUGUUUCUUGCUGAAAGAGGGGCACUACUACUCUCCGAUGGCAAUGAAACAUCUCUUAAUAUAAAUGAUAUUUACAAGAAGAUUGCAAGUGGAAAGGCUGGGUGUUCUUGGGAGGCCUUUGAGGCUUAUAGACACUUAAAGUCUCUUGGUUAUAUUGUUGGUCGCCAUGGUAUCUCUUGGACUAUGAAGAGUUGCUGCAGUUCAAAUUCUUUGGAGGACGUAUUGGACUCAAAUGGAAGAUUUAAUCAAGUAGUGAAAGAAGAAAUAUUUACGAGAUUCACUAAUAUCCAGAUUGUGGAAAUGAAGCUAGCAUUUGAUGUGUAUUUGCCUAACAGCAAUUUCAGAAAAUCUUCUCCUGGUGAACCUAUUUUCGUGCUCUCUAUUUUGAGUUACACAUGCAGGGAUAGCCCACCCUCAAGAGUAGAAGUAGAAAAGCUCCAGCGAAAGUGCAAUGGUAUCCCCUUGAAGUUCUGCUUUGUUGAUCAUGGACGUGUUAGUUUCUUUUCUUUCGAUAAAGUUGAGCUUCCAACCUUGCCAUGAUUAUUAGUCAAUAGUCAGUUUAGGUUGUAAAUGAUGUACGCAUGAGACUCCUAUUAAAAGUUUUCAGAGUAAAUGUGCUUCUCCGAAAUGUGACAAGAAUGUAAGAGAGCGUGCGUAAAAAGAUAUGGCGUAUGCUAAGUGAAAUAUUGGUCAAUCACAAUCUUGGUUUAACAAUGAUUUAAAAUGUUGUUGUGUUUCUUCUUGUUGGAAAUUUAGCAUUCUACAUGGCAAAAAGAGAAAAAAUACAUGUAAAAUUUGAAUUUAA